UUUGUAGUUGCUCUGCUUGCUGCCCUGAGACCCCGCGGAAGUCGGUUGGUCGAAGGAGGACGGGAUGUUGUUAACUUGUCUGAAAUAGUGUGAAACACCAACACGUUUUCCGGACGUUUGUUAUUCAGUUACAGAAACAGAAGAACGGUGAGAAUUAUUUUUGGACGGAAUUGCAUUUCGCCAUUUUAAUGCGAGAAAAAGAGUCUGGUGGAGCACGAUGUUGGAGUGUGGCAUGCUGGAGCGAGACAGAUGCGCUCUUCGGAGACGCUCUGCAAUUCUGUGCAAACAGCUGGUGGUGGAUGAGCUGCUCAUUCAGUCCUUACAGGCAGACAACAUCCUAACCGAAAGCAUGGCAGAGAAUAUCAUGGCUGAGCAAACAUCCCAGAAACGAAGCUGGCGCUUACUACUGCUCUUACCAAAGCGGGGGCCCAGAGCCUUUAGCAGCUUCUGUUCAGCUCUGCAAGAAACUGAGCAGCAGCACCUGAACGAACUGCUCACACAAUCACCAGAAAAAAAAAAAGAUGGCAAAGAGACACCGGCAGAGCCCGAGGAAGAGCCAGUCAUGCAGACAACUGAAAAGAAGAGAAAGAGGUUUGUGGACUCUUCUCUCCCACUUCCCACCCAAGAAGUAAUUGAUGCCAAGAGAGCAAGGACACGUGCAGAGUCCAUGGAGUUCAGUCUGGAUACAGACAGUCCCAUCAACACCCCUGUGCUCCCUUGCACUUCCGACUUUUAUCUCUCACACUGCCAGCAGUCUUACAGAAUGAAUUCAUCCCCUCGUGGCUUGGCUCUGGUGAUUAGUAACGUGACUUUUGAUCUUUGUGCUGCGCCUGACCUUGACCCUAGGAAGGGAGGUGAAGUGGAUGACGAAGUCCUCAGGAAAGUCUUCACUGAGUUGGACUACUUGGUUACAGUCCACAGAGACCUCACAGCUCAGGGCAUGAGGGCGUGUAUUGAGAACUUUUGUCGACGACCAGAUCACCGAACAAUGGACAGCUCUGUGGUGUGUUUGCUCUCCCAUGGAGUGGAAGGAGCUAUUUAUGGUACAGAUGGACAGCUCCUGCAGCUGGACUGGGUGUUUGAGUCCUUUGACAAUGCACACUGCCCCCUGCUACAGAACAAGCCAAAGAUGUUUUUUAUCCAGGCCUGCAGAGGAGAGGAGAUGGACUGUGGAGUGGAGCAGAUCGAUGGGCCAGCGAGGACCUGCUCACCAAGCUGUGAACAGCGGGAUGCGGGGAGGGAAGGACAAGGGGAUGCAAACUCCAGACAAAGAGGGGACGUGGGUCGGCCCAGGAUCAAACUGCCGCAGCGGUCUGACAUGAUCUGUGGCUUUGCAUCUCUCAAAGGUCAGAGAAUUUGCACAGCAGCCAUGCGGAACACCAAGAGAGGAUCCUGGUUUAUCCAGGAACUUAACACAACACUGCGCCUCCAUGCCAGAGACAAACACCUUGCAGACAUCAUGGUGCAGGUCAACGGUCAUAUUAAGGAGCGGGAGGGUUACGCUCCUGGCACCGCGCACCAUCGCUGCAAAGAGAUGUCGGAGUUCACCAGCUCAUUGUGCAAAGACCUCUACCUUUUCCCCAAGUACCAGCCCCAGUAUUGAUGCAUGCAAAUGUAUACACACACACGCACACACACAGAACAUUCCUUGCAUUAAAGCCCCUAAAUAAGCCACACAACCGUUAAUUUCACUCCAAUUACUGCAACACACUCGCUCAUUCCUCCUUUACAACUUCACGUCCAAAAAGAAGAUUCGUUCAUUCAUAUUUUCUGUGUAAAUAAUGCCUCAUCAGACAUGCACAGCCCCACAAACACCUGCACACACACACACACACACACACAUCUUGGGAAGGAGCAAGCUUAUGUUAAUCUACAUGUACUCUGAAUUGAGCAAUGUGUUAGCAUACAACUUACUCAUGCAUCUGUGUGUCUGCGUCUAUGCCAGUUAGAAGGUUUAGUUGGUAAUCCUUUUUAGUCAACGACCCAAUCAUAUGUUGUUGUUUUCUUACUGCACAGCUACUUGGAGGUUUCACUCUCUUUUUACGAUGUAUUUUGUACACAGAUCUAUUUUUGUGGAUUUAUUUUAUAUGGAAUUGUUUUAUAAGGUUUCUCUUUAUUUGUAUAUAAUGUUUGUUAUAAAUUGUGACCAUUUUUGUUUUUUUGUAGAGUGACAGGCAGGGGGCAGCACAGAGACAAAUGCAUUUCAAUGUCUCUUUCAUUCCCAUAUUUCCAGUUCAAUUGCAGACAGCUUUUAUUUUAGGUAUAGUUGGCUACAGUGAUGAUGAAACUGUAAAUCUCUGCAGCAGGUUUUGAUUUGUUUCCCUAUGAAGAGGAAGAAAAACCUGUAGGGCAGCUCCAAAACAAGACCGUGACUUGUUUGUCAUUUGAUUUUUAGCUUUUUUGUUUGUGGAUGUUCAAUCAGGAAAAGUCAGCGUUUAAACUUUAAAUUUCAGAAAGGGCACCCCCACUGUAAAUGCCACUUCAUAUCAACUGUGUUACUUUAGAUAUGUCUCUAUCAGGCUGGUGUGGUCCCAGGGGUGUGUGGUGCUACUUGUGGGGUCAUUCACCUACAUUGUGAACUCUGACCUUUUUGCUAACGCUGACUUCUUAUAGUCUGUCUCCCUGUCGGUGGGAGUAGCACAUGAAUAUAAGACAUGUAUUUUGUCUUUCAUAAGCAAUAUGCAUAUUUUCAAGAGCCUGUGCCAUAUGAAGAUGAUCUAUUUGAAGAUGUUAUGACCAUAGAGCUUUCUAAAUCUAUUUUAUCUCUUUGGCACACAGAUAAAUCUAUUCCUCGAGGCUGUGUGAGUGUUGACGUUUCCCAGAAAAGCCCCAAUCAGACAAACUUGUGUUUUGUUACAACAGUGUUGUAGUGGAGAAAACCGAGUCUAUGGUCGAAACAGUAUUGAUUGUUACCAUCUGUGUGCUUUUAAGCUGCGUGUGAGGUUGUCACGCCUGGCUCAAAAGCAUGGGGUAGCGUUUUCUCUGGUUUGGAAGUUGCGCACUCUUCUUAACCUUUUUUGUUUUGAGUAAUUAUUCAAACACAAACAUUGGAGUAGUAUAAAAGGGUUGCACUCCUGCAGGGGGAAACGUUUUCAUGGUGGAUAUUAGCUGCCAAGCUUUGCUGAGGUGCAAGGUUGUGGGGGCCGGGAGAUAUUUUGUUUCUGUCAACACCAAUGACUGCCAAAAAUGUUCUAUACAAUAAACAGGCCAUGGUUUUUAAAUGAGA